UCUCUAACAGCCUAACAGCCAGUUGAGCCGCCGCCCGUUGUCGCCGCAGCCAACAACGGCCCUCCGGUUCGAAGGGAUCUGCAAAGCCGCGGUGAUUGCCCCUCCAUCAAGCAGCCAGCCGAGCCACGCUCUGCUGCCACCACAUGAACCCAGACGGCGUUUGUCACAUGCUGAACAGCCGAGUUUGACAAUCUGACUGAAGUCUUUUCCUCUUCGCUGCGGCUGGCGCCAAAGGUGAGCCCUACGUAUAUAGUGGCCCAUCCGGCCAUCCGCCCUGGCCGCCAUCAGGCACAUCCCUCCACCGGCUGAAGGCUGACUCAACAUCAAAAACAACAACACCAUGAGUGGUACACAUUCAGAUCCCAAGGACUCGAUGAAGUCCACAUGGCGCCAACUCGACCGCGACCAGUGGAGUAUCGCCCACUGGUUCGUCGAGAUCCUUGGCGUCCACCACGUCAGUCUGGAUCAAGAUGUACCCAUCCACUCCAAGGAAGACAAAAUGCCCUACAUCGGAGCGCUUUCUCAACAUCGUUGGAUUCUCUGGCAUUCCAUCUUGCCUCUUCUCGUCCACCAACUCUACGUCUCCUACACCGGCCGCCCCCUAGGCUUCAUUGCUGCCUACUUCUUCUAUAGUCUGGCCUUCAAGUUGAUCGCCAUUCACGAGCUACACGUCCUUCGCCGUCUCGGUCACCUUUUCGGCUUCUUCGACGGUGACCAACACGCUCGCGACGGUGUUCCAGACGUGGGAAUCGGCAAGGUCGUGCAGUCGCUCAUCUCCACCUCGACGUUCCGUCCGGUCAUGACCGUCUUCUUUAGCUACCGACCCAGCCAGCCCCCAUCACAAAUCAGUUGGACCUGGCUAAUCCUUGAGAUCGGGCUGUACGGCAUCGUCCUCGACUUCUGGUUUUACUGGUAUCACCGCAUCAUGCACGACAUCGAGGGUCUCUGGAAAUACCACCGCACGCACCACCUUACCAAGCAUCCCAACCCGUUGCUGUCCCUCUACGCCGAUACGGAGCAAGAGAUCUUCGACAUCGCGGGCAUUCCCUUGAUGACCUACUUCUCGCUCAAGAUGAUGGGUUUCCCCAUGGGAUUCUAUGAGUGGUGGAUCUGCCACCAAUAUGUCAUGUUCUCCGAGCUGGCGGGCCACAGUGGGCUGCGGGUCUGGACGACCCCUCCCUCCACUUUGAGCUGGCUCUUGACGCUCACGGGGACUGAGCUCGUCAUUGAGGACCAUGACCUUCACCACCGAAAGGGAUGGAAAAAGAGUGCGAAUUACGGCAAGCAGACUCGGGUGUGGGACCGGUUGUUCGGCACUUGUCGUGAGCGGAUCGAGUGUCGGGAGGAGAAUGUGGACUGGGAUAGAGAGGUUAAGAUACCGUUGUUCUAAGGGGGUUAGAGCAUAGGGAUGCUGGAUAAAGGGCUGCUGG